AUGUACGUCGCGAACGUCAUCAUCGACGACGUCAAUCUUGACGCCGCCGAGCUUCUCCUGAAGACGAAAGAUGGGGUGGCGGAGUCGCUCCAAGAGCUUAUCCAGAACGAAGCGAAUCCUUUGGGGACCUGCAUCGGCAAGGUGCACUGCGAUGGCGGAGCAGAGUUCAAGGGCACGUUCCAAGCGUUGUGUGAGUCCAUGGGGAUCAAGGUCGAUAAUAGCCCUCCACAAGGGAACACCAUCGUCGAACGUGGAUGUGGCAUCAUCAUCGGAACGACGCGCAAGCUACUCCUGGAAGCACCGCACCUUCCAGGCCAUGUGUGGGGCGAAGCAUUCCAUACGGCUGUCUACCUCAAGAAUCGCACACCUACGGAGGUUCUGAGCGGAAAGGCCCCACUUGAGGUAUGGGAGGGGAAACCGCUCGGUGACAUGUCGCACAUCCACGAAUGGGGCUCGGUAGCCUAUAAGCAUGAGGAAGCGCGAUUCCGGAACACCAAGCUGUCAGCUAGGGCCAAGAAGAUGUAUCAUGUGGGGUACAACACUAAAAAUNCGGCUGUGGGAGCCGGCGGAGCCCCAAAAGAUCACAAGAAGGAGAAGAAGAAGAAGAAGAAGAAGAAGAAGAAGAAGAAGAAGAAGAAGAAGAAGAAGAAGAAGAAGAAGAAGAAGAAGAAGAAGAAGAAACGCCAACGCCAUCGGGACCCCAAAUGGGGGAUUCGAACCUACGUCGGAGCGGCAGGGGUGGACGCACAGCAAGCCCAGAAGGCUUGUGAAGCCGUGAGAGGUGGCAUGUCCGUUAGGAAGGCUGCUAAGGUCUAUGAUAUUGAUCGGCUUUCGCUCAAACGGCGCCUCGAUGGAGAGGUGGCCAUGGAUGCAAAAGUAGGUCCUGGGACUGUCAUGAGUGAGGAGGAGGAAAAUUCGAUUGAAGAUUGUCUGCUGUACGCUGGUCGUAACUGCCUAGCUGUGAGUCGGCUCCACCUGCUGGAAACCGUAAGACUGCUCUGCCUGGACCGCAAGACCCCGUGGGAUCCAGAGAAGGGCCCGGGGAAGGAUUGGCUAGCUGGCUUCCUCGAAAGGCACCCGCGGGUUAGGGAGCGCACCACUCGCAUCUACGAGGCCAACAGAGUCACCGAUGAGAGCGAACCUCGCAUCGUAGAGUUCUACAGGAAGUGGGCAGCUCUCCUCGAGGACCUCAAGCCGGAGGCCGACCACGUGCACAACACGGAUGAGACAGGUACCACUCCGCAAGGCAACAAGACCAUGAAGGCCUACUGUCAGGCAGGGCAGAAGGUGGUCGAGUCGGUUCGGGCCAACUCGCGAGAGAACACCACCUUGGUCACCACCAUCAGCGCUGAUGGCUCCACGUGGGCGCCGACUAUCAUCUUCAAAGGGCAGCGACUCCAGCCUGACUGGUUUGCGGAGAAGAACGGGCCGCCGGACGCGAGGUACACUUGUACGGAUUCUUCGUUCAUGCAGGGUAACGUGUUCAUCAAGUACCUUAAAGACUUCCACCAGCAGCUUUGCAAACGAGGCUUGAUCGACGGAAAGCCGCACAUCCUCCUGCUUGAUGGACACGCAUCGCACGUGAGCGUCGAGGUCAUCCAACUGGCCAUGGAACUCAACAUCGUCCUCUUUCAGCUGCCGUCCCACACGUCGCACAUCACCCAGCCCUUGGACGUCGUCGCCUUCGGAGCCUUCAAGAGGGAGGUGACUAAGGUGCUGUCAGACUACUACCGCGUGUCCGGCGGGUUGCUUCCACAGAAGCGUGACGUCCCCGGCGUUAUCGCGGCGGCUUGGGGGGCGACUUUCACAUCGGAGCGAAAUAGAUCAUCCUUCGCCGGGGCGGGCCUGUGGCCUGUGAACAUGGAGCGAGCGAUGAGCCGGCUUCGGGGCACAGCAAAGAGGAACGAGAACCAGACCGGGCGCCCUCCCCUAAAAGACGUCCCCAUCGCUGUAGGCAACGAGCAGCUCGAGCAGGACAUCGGAGAGAGGGGCAUGAGGCAGCUGAAGGCGGCUGGACAUCUAACCACGGGACUCAGGGUGAGCACGGUGAUGCUCGGCAGCGUCAUCCGUCAGAGGAAGCGCGCCAAGAAAAUGGCGACCUCGCGGGGCUCUUUGGGCCUUCCCGACGGCGCCAACAUCACCGCGGAAGACUUCCUGGCAAAGGUUGCCGAGAAGGAGCGCGCAGACAAGGAGGAGAGUGACGCAAAAGCGGAGAGGGCCAGGGAGCGCGAAAGGAAGAGGGCAGAGAGGGCGGCGGCGGAGCUGGCACGGCAGGCGAACACGGGCGGUCGAGGACGCGGGCGAGGGCGGCAGGGAGGAGGGAGGGGGGGCGAGCGGGGCGGGGGAACGGGGGCGGGGACGGGAGGGCGCAAUGUCAAUGCCGGGCAGGGAGCAGGGCGAGGGGGGCGAGGAGAGCCAGCGGGGCGAGGGGGGCGAGGGGGGCGCGGCGGGCGAGGGGAGCCAGAGGGGCGAGGGGGGCGAGGGGGGCGCGGGAGAGGGGGGGGGCGUGAGGCGAGCGGACAAGGGAGGGGCCGCGGGGCCGCGGCGGGUGGACGCGGCCGAGGAGGGGGUGGAAGAGGGGCCUCACCUGGCCGGGGACGAGGAGUGGCUGGAGCAGAAGAAACGGCUUUGCCCGAACGCCAACCGGCACCCUCCGUGUCCCGGGUUGGACGACAACGGACGCCGACACCCAUUGUUGACGUGUAGCCGCAUCAUGCUCCAAACUUCUGCAAUUUUUACGUGGAGUCGAUGCGUACCCUAUUGCACAAUGUUUGUUGCCGGUAAGGUAGUCAACGGUGGCUUCGAGCGUGCCAGUACCGUGGGGGGAGGGGGUGGCGGAUUUUUCCCGAAACCCGGGGAUGUCGGGUUUCCGUCCCCCGGUGUUGUCCCCGGGUGUCUUCCAUUUUUUUUUUCGUUGCGCAUGAGUGUUUCUCAAUCAUAUUUGGACGUUCCCUCCAAAAGGCUGGUCGUGGAAAUAAAACGUUGGCUUGAUUUGUCGUUAUGAUCGGCGUGAAUUCUUGCCCUACCGGUAAGCCGAUUCGGCAAAAUGUACCCGUAUUAACCGUAGAGAACGUCGUGAGUUGUACUCCAAAUGACGUCAAAUUUCACGCGGAUUCGGCUUGCACGCCAUAAAAUGUGAUAUGUUGUUCGUAGACUUGCUACGGUGACAAGAGAGCGUGCCAGUACGGUUGGGG